GCGCGCCUCUUACGUCAUCGGAAUGUAGGGCCAACGCGUCAUCGGCUGAACCACUUCGGUCUGCUAGGAAGGCGGUCCAUGGUACUGUAAAGUGAAGUUACAGUGGUGGUGUUUCCCCCUCCCGAGUCAGGACCAGAAGCAGCUGCGGGCACUUCCGGUGGUUGGCCUGGCUCUCGGGGAAGUGGGGCGGUGGCGCUGAUCGGCUGUGGGAGGCAGAGUUUUCGGGCUUCGCGGGCGUCAGAUACAACACCUAGUCACCAUGUCGAGCAAAAAAGCCAAGGGAAAGACCACCAAGAAGCGCCCUCAGCGCGCAACUUCCAAUGUAUUUGCUAUGUUUGAUCAGUCGCAGAUUCAGGAAUUCAAGGAGGCCUUCAACAUGAUUGAUCAGAAUCGUGAUGGUUUUAUUGAUAAAGAAGAUUUACAUGACAUGUUGGCUUCUCUUGGGAAGAACCCAACUGAUGAAUACCUAGAGGCAAUGAUGAAUGAAGCCCCAGGGCCCAUCAAUUUCACCAUGUUCUUGACAAUGUUUGGUGAAAAACUGAAUGGGACAGACCCUGAAGAUGUAAUCAGAAAUGCCUUUGCAUGCUUUGAUGAAGAAGGAACAGGCUAUAUCCAGGAAGACUACCUGAGAGAUCUGCUGACAACAAUGGGGGAUCGAUUUACUGAUGAGGACGUUGAUGAACUUUUCCGUGAAGCACCAAUUGAUAGCAAGAGCAACUUCAAUUAUAUUGAGUUUACCCGCAUACUGAAGCAUGGUGCUAAAGACAAAGAUGACUAAAGAAAUGUAAAGCUCCUACUCAUUAUUUUACUUAGCAAAAUUUACACCUAUUGGAACAUAUUGCAUGCCUUCCAAAAUACUGCUUUUUUCAUAUUUAUAUUUUUCCAGUCAUGUUGGCACACUUUGCACAUAUUUGGAGUAAGUGCAAGAUAAGUGGCAGGGAACAAAGUAUAGAAACGGAUCACAAAUGAAAUGCCUUGUCUGAAUUCCUGAUACUUUUUUUUAAACUAAAAUCUUUUUAAAUUGUCAUCUUAGUGUGGUUUGCAGGACAAUAGGAAGGGAAAAAUGUACCACACUCUCGGUAUAUAAUCUGAUCAAAAUAGUUCAGUUUAAAAAAAACUACUCUUAGGCUAAUUUAAUGAGGAUAUGUCCUGUAAAAGGGCAGCUUUUGUAUUGGAGAUCAUGGUAUAGUGUGAGAGCACUCAAUAUGCAAGUUUGAGUAUGUUGUCUUGUUUGGUUUAGAUGGCUGUUCUUGAAGCUAAAUUUGCUGAAAAAUUGUCAUCUAAUCAGUCUGGUAUUUUGCAAUACUUGAUUACUGUAAAGGGUAUAAAGUGGAAACUAUAUCUUGGUAUUAUGAAAAAAAUUAUCCAAAGGACAAAACUUCAAUUUAAUGUUCAGAUUUUAUUCAGUUUUUUUUCUGUUCUAUCUUAAGUAGCACCAAGUAUCCUGAGUGACUGCAGAUUGGUGUAGAACUGUUUUGCCUUAUUCUUGAUUGUACUUGCAGUUCAGAUUUGAGUGUCCUUGUCAAAGAUCUGACUUGAAAAUAAAAGAGAAAAAGUACUAAA